AUGGGUAAUUAUUGGCUGGUAGUGGUCGAUUCUUACACAAAAUGGUGUGAAAUUCACCCUAUGACCAAGAUAACAUCAAAAGCUUUGAUUACCAAGUUGCGCCAGCUAUUUGCUACCUUUGGUAUCCCAGAACAAGUGGUGUCGGAUAACGGUCGUCAGUUCACAUCCACUGAAUUCAAGAAUUUUUGCCUUUCUAAUGGCAUUCAACACUUGUUUUCGCCUCCAGACAAACAAAGUUGCAACGGCCAAGCUGAGCGGUUUGUUGGUUCGUUCAAAAUGGCCAUGAACAAAGCUGUCGGUGAGUCUGGGUCGGCGUUGGACAAAGCGAACAGAUGGUUAUUUCAAUAUCGGCUUACUCCACACCCAGCUACAGGGAUGGCGCCAGCAAACUUGAUGUUUGGCCGACAGAUUCGGUCACGAUUAGACUUGCUGCCGCGAACCCCACGAAAAGUACCGAGGGAAGAACAAAUUCAAGUUCAAAAGUACACAGCUACGGCGCUAAAGAACGCCAACAAGGCAACGAAACCCCGACAAUUCAACGUCGACGACUUCGUUUAUGCCAGAAUGUACAAUUCGGGCACAGUGAAAUGGAUUGAAGGUCGGAUUGACAGUUUUGACGGUACUAAGAUUGCCUUAGUGGUUACCGACUCCGGCAUCAUUCGCAGACACGUCGAUCAACUCAAGCAUCGUCAUGGUCCAUCUGGUGAUGCUGAUUCUUCUCCUCAGAUUCCAAUGUUCAUACCUCAGAACAAUGGAGGAGGAGGGAAUAAUGAGGUGCCAGAUAUACCAGAGGGUUCAGAUUCUUUGCCAGGCUCUGUGAACGGGGAUGUUCUCAAUGGAGGAGGAGCGGCAGAAAAUAACACACGAGAAUUGAACCCGGAGGCCGGAAAUUUGUCAGGAAAUUCAGCAAGAAGGUCGUCGUUGGGAAGGUUAUUAGAAGGGACUUCGGCUGGGCGCAUCAAACGCCAUGUAGCACCACCGGUCCGUUUGUCUUACGACAAGGACGGUAAGCAAAUUUCAACAGCCGCUAACCUUCAUUACCUCAAAAUUGAAAACGAAGUCAGCAUAAACCCUCAUUCGGUCGAUCCAUUUGAGAAAAGUGUGUCUCUCUCGAACGGUCAAUUCGUUGUGAACAUGCGGUGUAAUUGCUGCAAAAAAGUGCUGAAAUGCACGAAUGUCGAGGGUUGCCGUAAGGCAAAGCAGAAUCAAGCCAAGGAGGAAGAGCCCCGUCGACUACUGUCACUGUCCCCGCUUCGUGGAGAUUGUUCAACAAACUCUCGUGACUCUGGACGUCGGUAUUCUUCUGGCUUUUUCUUCUGGUUCUCAAUGUUCUGAGCGCCGCCGUUACGACUCUCCGAAACGAGAAAACCGGUUCAGGUCUCGGUCGCGGUUAGGAAGGCUGAAUAAGCCAGAUUCCUCGGAGACUUCCCCUAAGCGAUACGUUAUUGUGCCACGCACCUCAGUUUCGCUGGUACACGACGCCAAGAUUCCAGUUAGCGCUGAAUCGGCGGAGCAGAUUUCGGAUUCGAAGGCUGCUAAAAGCCAGAUUGAGCUGUUGCAACAACAGUUGGACGCUCUCAAGACCCAACUUCAGGACCAGGAGAUCAAACCGGCCAGACCUCGCAUCGUGUUCGAAGACCGCCCGGGAUGUUCUCGCCAGUAA